AUGCUGAUGGCUCGCAUCCUGCCGAUGAAUAGCUCAGACAAUACAGGCUCGAUGGCACAAUUGAAUACUAGGGGACGAGUGCGAUCCGUCAAGCCACUAGUGUGGUCUGUCGAAGCGACAACGGCGGCAAGCGAGCCACUGUCGACGCCGAGACCUGCCAUAGCGAGAGCUCGCUCAGCACCACAUUGUCUGCGCUUUCAUGAUCUGCCGCAGCGUCAACCCAGCUCCUACUUUGGAUUCUGCCUCGACAGGCUCUCGCCUGACGGUCCCUCACCUGGGGCCUACGGCUUCUCACUGCCUGCAACGCCUGCGCUCGAGGUGCCUGCGAGUCGUGGACAGACAGCACCCCGAUCAGAGCGCGUCGAGCUGGUCAAAUACGACACGUCGCGCAUCCCACUUCGGCGGGGUCAGUGUAGCUAUCUGCUGGCAAAAGCAGCAUCAAUCGACGUCCUGACCCGCGACGAGCACAAGUGUUGCGACCAGCGAGUCGGCGCUGUCCUCAGAAACGCUCACACCCCCUUAUCUGCGCCAAGGUUGCGACCUCGCAAGACCGAGUUCUGGCUGCGCCUCACAGACAGGGCUAGACCCGCACACUCAUUGACACGUAUACACAUUCACCACGACUCGGAGGCUGCUCGACGCACGCCCAAGCUUGACUUGACCAUGAAGACCACAUCAUCGUACGCGCUCCUUGCGGCACUUGCUAGCUCUGCACUCCAGGGCAUCUCAGCCGGCGCAACCGGCAUCUCCUAUAACAAGCAGCCCUACCACAGCGAAAAGUACCAGACAGGGCACAACAACUGUGGCACUCGGGAUUCGCGUCAUUCGUACUGUCAAACCCUCGUCAUCAAUUCGAUUGAAGACUUCUGUCUCUUUGCGCCGCCAAAGGUCGCGACUGUUGGCGAAUCUGAGCGUUAUCAGGUUGCCUGGUGCACCAAGGCUGGGCACGGGGCUCGUCUGAUACCCGCCGGCACAUUCAAGGGUGUUCACUUUAUCAGAACGCCCGAUUAUGUGCAGAUCACUGCCAUUGGCGAUUUCACAAAGAUCAAUAUCAAGGACAAAGACGAGGGCGGCGAAGAGGAUCCACACGGUGCCGAUUCGCUUGGCAAUCCUGUGGGAGGACUCAUCUUUGGCAAACAUGAGAACAAGACUGUCCAAUUUACAGAAUGGAAUCAGUUCAUGAGCUACGAUCAAGUCUCAAUUAGAGCCUGCUUCCCCAACAAGAAGGAUCCCUCGCGACCUGCUCAGCUUUGCCCGCAUGUCUAUGACGAGAUGGGCAGCAUGUGGAACUCUCCCGGCGAUUACGGUCCAGGCUACGAUGAGUGCAAGGCCACUAGCACGCUUCCGCCCGGCAUCUACACCGACAAUGGCAAGACGACGACUUGGCAGCAAGGCCAGAAGCCUACGCCUGCUGCUCAUCCUGCUGGCAAGGUCUCCGACUGCGUCAAGGCCAAGAGACCAGGCGGCGCGCAUUAUCCCAAGAGCACUCGCUCAACCGGCAAGAAGCCCACCAAGAAGCCUACAAAGAAGCCCACCAAGUCCAAAGGUGGCAAGAGCAAGAAGGCGCCUACCAAGCUGAAGCCUAUGGCAAAGUCGACAACAAGAGCAGCGCACGCCAAGCGUGCCCGGUCUCUGUAA